AUGUUUAAAUUUUCCUCCCAGUAUAAAACAAUGGCAAAGGUUUUAAGAUUGGGAAAGGUUGAGUUUGCUCAUGAAAAAUGGGCAAAAUUGUCUCAAAUGGCUGAAGUGGUGGAAUGCACCUCCAAGGAUAGACAACAGUUCUUUGAAGACUUGAAAGGAAAGUAUUCUGAUAUCACCCAUAUUACAAGAACUUUUGCCAGUGUCAGUCAAACUGGACGCUUUGAUGCUGAAUUAGCUGGAAAAUUACCGCUGCUGGUAAAAUGUGUUGCUCACUGUGGAGCUGGUUACGACCAGAUAGAUGUGGAUCCAUUUAGUGAACGCAAAAUUCAAAUUUCCAAUAUCACUACGCCCGUGGAAGCCCCCACUGCAGACACGGCGGUGUUCUUGGUGCUUGCAGCCAUGAGAAACUUUCAACAUGGUAUUUCGUUGACUCUUGAAGGUAAAUGGCCCAAUGGAGAAAAGUGUGCUGGAGCCCGAUUGGGCCAUGAUCCCGUAGGUAAAACCUUGGGAAUCUUGGGAAUGGGAGGCAUUGGUCGUGCUAUUCGGGACCGGUUGGCUCCGUUUGGGUUCAAAAGGUCGAUUUAUUACAACCGGUCGAGAUUGAGUCCCGAGUUGGAAAAGAGUACUGAAUAUGUUUCUUUCGACGAAUUGGUGCAGCAGAGCGAUGUUAUAUUGGUCAGCGUGCCAUUGAACGCCAACACCCGCCAUUUGAUCAACGACAAAGUCAUCAAGUCCAUGAAAGAUGGUGUCGUCAUUGUCAAUACUGCUCGUGGUCCCAUCAUCAAUGAAGCCGAACUUGUGCCCCAUCUCAAAUCUGGAAAGGUGGGGGCGUUUGGAUCCGAUGUGUUUGAGCACGAACCAGAGAUUCCUUCCGAAUUGCUUCACUUGUCCAAUGUCGUUGCCUUACCCCACAUGGGCACCCAUACCUACGAAGCUAUACAAGAGAUGGAGGAGUUUGUGGUGGACAACGUGAUGCUGUGUAUCACCUCUGGAAAGGUGAACACCAUAGUGCCCGAGCAAAAGUCUAUAUUCUAG